AGGAGGAUCAUAGAAGGGUGGAUGCGCGAGACACGAGUAAAGGGACGUCCGAUUCAGCAAACGGGGAUUUCCGAUCGCGCGACCGUCCUCUCGGAAGCUCUUAUCGCGGAGAACGUUGGAGAACGCGCGCGCGGGGGGAAGAAAGAACUAUCCCGUGACGGAACGGUAUCGUUGAGAAAUCGGCAAAUUUUUCCGCCGAUCGGGAUACGAUCGAGCGUCAAUUCAGGGGCAGAUCGGAGCGAAGGUCCAACGUGGAGCGCGGUUUCGGUUUGAAGAGAGUGUGUUCUUUCCUUCCUCGUCUCGGUGGAAUGCCCCUCCUCGAACGCCCGCCCUGCCAGGACGUCAGCUGGAACUUGCGUGGAACGUCCUGGUUGCGCGAUGUGCCGCCGUUGCAGCUUCUAGUCCGUCGCCGCGCUCCGACAGACGACAGCGGCUGCAGACGGGAGGAACGGAGGAGCGGCGAUCGUUAGACUUUUACCCAUCAUUGUUACACCGCGAUUCGCGACGUGGUGCAAUCUACGUUUGUCCACCCUACACGGAGGAAAGGGUGGCCUUCUGCCCUUCUGUCCUGAUAAAGGAGACAUCCGCUCGAGUACACCCCACCGUCAACAGGCGCGAGAGUGCACGCGGUUUUAGCACAUAUCCUAUCGACGGCGAGGUCGAGGACGUCGUGUUCGGAUCCGGUUGUCGGAUGUGGUGCACGCACUUGGCGGCUACGGAGACGUCAGCGGUAGUAUCAUCUGUGUCGGAGACAGCGGAGAACUCGAGCGAUCUGGCAGGUGAGAGGGCAUAUUGCAUGAGCAGGGGAGACUGCCGGUGAUGGACAAUGAGCAACCGCACCAGGAACUGGUCAAGUGUGUGGUCGUGGGUGAUACGGCAGUCGGAAAGACCAGACUGAUCUGUGCCAGGGCCUGCAACAAGCACGUGUCACUGUCACAACUCCUGACCACUCACGUGCCCACGGUCUGGGCGAUCGACCAGUAUCGGAUCUACAAGGAUGUAUUGGAGCGAUCUUGGGAGGUAGUAGAUAACGUGAACGUGUCUUUACGUCUCUGGGACACAUUUGGCGAUCACGAGAAGGAUCGACGUUUCGCGUACGGCAGGUCUGACGUUGUGUUACUAUGUUUCUCCAUAACCAACCCCGUUUCCUUGCGAAACUGCAAGGUAAUGUGGUACCCCGAGAUAAGGAGGUUCUGCCCGCAGACACCAGUCCUAUUGGUCGGAUGCAAAAACGAUCUACGAUACAUGUACCGGGACGAAACUUAUCUCAGUUACUUCCGCGAUCGCAGUCCUUUUGUAAGGGCUACGAGAAAGAGCGAUUUGGUGAUGCCGGAUCAGGCACGGGCGGUAGCGCGAGAACUUGGUGUGUGUUAUUACGAGACAAGCGUUUUCACUUAUUACGGUGUAAACGAGGUGUUCGAGAAUUCGAUACGUGCCGCCUUGAUUGCACGCCGUCAGCAGCGUUUCUGGAUGACGAAUUUGAAAAGGGUGCAAAGACCUUUGUUACAGGCGCCAUUCUGUCCACCGAAACCAGUACCACCGAAGGUAUGCCUGGCUGCGAGUACCUAUGAGGAGAAUAUGAAAAGUCUAUGGACGAAGCCAGUUCACACGGAUGUCACUCUGGUAACGAGUAAUUGCACGUUCCUGGCUCAUCGGUGCUUGCUCGCCGCUGCCUCGCCGGCGUUCCACCGGCUGUUCUCGAUGGAACUCGCCCAGGAACUGACUCCACGCAGCUCUAGCGAGUCCAGCAUGGUGAGCACUUUCGGCGAGGCCACCGUCGGUGACUUCAACGACGAUACCGAGUGCCUAAUUCGUAUCGAUCAAAGCAAACCCGCAAAAGUCUGGGAACAACUUAAGCGACGAUCGAGUUUUCAAGUACUGCCGACGAUGGAUAAUCAGAGGAAGAGCAACGGCGCGACGAGGGAGCUGAAUCAUCCUGCCUUCCAAAAUAUUCGUAUAUGUAUGACUGAGAAUGCGAACGGAGUGCAGCAACCUAUGACCGUGAUCACGCUGUCGAAGCUGAUCACGCCGCAGGCGAUGCAGCAGUGCUUGCAAUUCAUUUACACGGGCAGCUUGGACAAACGGUAUCACGAUCUACAAACAGCUCCUAUCGGGCUUCUACUGGAGAUCAGACAGGCGGCCGAAUUCCUCGAGCUACCGCAAUUACUCAUGGUGCUCGGUAGCAUACAGACGCGGGAGCAGUUUGUCAAUAGCGAUCUCAAUAACCGAUACAAGCAGGUAGUUAGACAACGAUUGGAGGAUAUCUGCCUGGAGCAAGGUCUCUUUGCCGAUGUAAUGUUCGAGUUGGACGACGGCAGCGUACCGGCCCACAAAGCGAUUCUCACUGCCCGAUGCGACGUGAUGAAAGCCAUGUUCUCUGGCGAUUUUCGCGAAAGCAGCGCAAAAGUCAUAGUCUUUCCUGGGGUACGGGAGUACACAUUCCACAAGUUGCUCUGCUAUCUUUACACGGACGAAGUACCGGCGAUCUCCUCGGCCAGAUGCCUGAACCUAUUGGAACUAGCCAACAGACUCUGUCUUCAACGAUUGGUGAACCUAGUCGAGAGCAGAGUGAUCGAGGAUCUUGAGCGGCUUUCGCAAAACGAGGGGAACGACGCCGUCGAAAACUGCCUGAGGUUGUUGGAGCCGUGCAAGCUACACAAUGCCGAUCAGCUGGCCGAUUGGUGCAUGAAUCAUCUUUGUGUUAACUACAAUAAGCUGUGCAAAAUGUCGCCUCGCAGCGUGCGACUGUUACAUCCGGAGAACCAGGAGUAUUUAAAUGAGCACCGAUGGCCGCCGGUCUGGUAUCUGAAAGACUAUGAUUACUAUCAAAAGUGUUUAGCGGAACAGGCCCGUGAGAAUAAGCCGACGUUGAAGCGGAAUCGCAACCAGUCCGGCUGUCUGUGUUUUUCGGGCUCGAAUAAAACCAGGCGGGAGGGUAACACCGGGAACGGUGGUGGCACAAAGUCGACGACGUCGAGCGAAACUCCUGCAGAUCGGCCGCUCUUCGACGCCUCCACCGAGUCCGGCGAGCAAGCCGUAUGACAGGAGUCAAGCGGCCUCAGCCGCUCCGUCAGAUUCAUCCUGGUCCUACCCGUGCUCAUGGUCUUCAUAUGCACUAUUUUUACCAUUUUGAUACUGCUACAGAUUUAUACUUAAGCGGACCGCAAGACACCAAAGAGAUCACGCGUAAAUGCACGUAAAUACACACACGUAAAUAUAUAUAAUAAAACACAUAUACAUAUAUAUGCAUAUGAGCAAAUGCGAGACACACAUGUAUACAUACAUACAUACAUACACAGACACACAUACGCACACAUACACACGCAGAUACCGAUGAUCACGCGACGAAAGCCGACUUAGAAUUAGCUAGAAGAUGCAAUCGAUUUUAUCUCGUCGUGGUCGAGUCUUGAGUCCUAUUCCCUAUCUCGUAUGUGAUUUCCCUUUUUUCUAACUGGAGCCGUUCUCCACGUCGUGCAUUUUUGAGAGCCCGCCAAUCACCGGGUUAUCGCGAACGUCCGCGAAUUUUUCGUACGCAAACUCGCAGAUCUUUGCGACGCAGCUCACAUACUUUUAUCUUGCGCAAGUAAAACGAGAACUGUAUGUUUCGAGGAGAGACUUUAUACUUUCUCUACGCGCGUUGAUAUUCCCAGAGUGUAUACAUUCAGAGACAAGAUUGUGUGGAUGCUGAUGCAAAUAAAGAUCAAAUCACUUUCGUUUACUUCGUAUUUUUUCUUAUUAAAAUAACGAUUGGUGCGAAUUACAUAUUCAUAAACAAUCGUUUCACGUAUAUCACAAACGUCUUAGAGAAUGGCAAUCUAUAAGAAAUAGGAAAGCGAAACUGAGUAGACAACGUAUUAUUUUUGGUCAUAUUGAAAAA